UCGAAUUAUUGAAAUUCUCGCGGAAUUGCUUACAAUUCCUGAGCUAGGAGCUUACCGGCAGUGUUAUAAAUGUUUUGGUUAUUUCGUCAAGUCUCGGCAUCUGUCAAAGCUGCUCCAUGUUUACGUUUGUCGCGACCUUUCCCAAUCCUGCACACCAAACAAUCCGACUUCCUCAGGCAGCGUUGUUACAGCACGUCAUCACAACCAGCCGAGUACCAACUAAUUGAAGACGUGGAGAGCCUAUGGGAAUAUCGACCUGGCGGCUACCAUCCCACCCAUAUUGACGACUGCCUUAACAGCCGAUAUCAGAUUGUACAUAAACUUGGUCAUGGCGCAUUCUCCACUGCAUGGCUUGCUAUUGACAAGACAACGUCUAGAUAUAUAGCCGUGAAGAUCGGAAUCGCAGAUGCGGACCACACCGAAAUCGAAACGCUCUCUCGCAUUCAUAAAAGCAUAGCUGGCCGCAACGACAGGCAGGACUCCUUGAUUGCUCCUAUUUGGGACUUCUUCCAUCAUCGUGGUCCCAAUGGAACUCAUCCGUGUCUAGUGACUCUUCCGGCACUUUGCAGCUUGCGAGAUGCAAAAGAAGCUUCUGAUAAUGGUUUGCUUCAACUUGAAGCCGCCAGAUCUUUAGCUGCGCAGCUUGUAAUGGCAGUGGCCCAGUUUCAUUCCUCGGGCUAUGCCCAUGGUGAUCUUCACCUCGGGAACCUUCUCUUGAAACUCCCUGAAUCCCUCGACAGGAUGCCGAUAAACAAACUAUAUGAACAGUAUGGAGAACCGAACCGGGAGCCAGUAGUUCGUCUUGAUGACCCGACAGCACCCAAGGACCCUGGAAUUCCGUCUUAUGUGGUGCCUCCUGUAUGGCUGGGCGUUUCGAGUGAUGAUGUUACCCCGGAAAUAGCAAAAUUGCUACUUACCGACUUUGGCGUGGCCUUUCGGCCCGAUGAAGCGUCUCGGUUUAAGUCCAAUGCGCCCAUAACAAUACGCCCACCGGAGGCAUUCUUGGAGCCGACAAAGCCUCUCACCUUCGGUUCGGAUAUAUGGAGCUUGGGGUGUGUCAUCUUUGAGCUUUUUGCCCACAGAACUCUGAUUGAUGGUUACUUUCUGCCAACGCAAGACUAUAUAACAGCGCAACAAGUGCAGCUCCAAGGUCCCAUGCCGCUCGAGUGGUGGAGGGCAUGGGAUGAGCGAUCGGAAUGGUACGAUGAGGCAGGCCGGUCUCUGUCUCCUGAAUCGAGCCUCUGGCCAUGGGAAAGACGCUUCGACCAAUGGGUGCAGGACCCACGGCUGCGCGAAGGGAUGGAGUUAGUUAGUAAGAACGAGAUGGAGGCACUUUUAGUGCUUCUGAAGUGGAUGCUCGCAUGGAAGCCAAGCCAGCGGCCCGACAUUACCCAGGUCCUAGCCGCAGAUUGGAUGACUAUGUGGGCUUUGCCAGCAUACCAGAGUAGAGGCGGUAGAGACGACCACUAAGCUGUAAACAGAAUUUCUGAUCUAUGUAUACCUCACAUAACGUGGAUUUACUUGACCCCGCCCAUGUCAGAAAUAGAGAUUGCUUUCGAAGGCACUAAUCAAGGAGCUGAGAGAAGUUGUACUAAGAUAUAUGCG